ACAACAAGUUGAAGUUGUACUUCUCGUUCUAUGUAUAUAUAUUUUCGCUAUAAAUUUACUUCCUAGAGAGAGUACAGUAUAGAUCUAUUUGUUGGCAAUUACCGCGGUUACAGCCUACAAACCGUACGUGGUUCGACUCGGGCAAUGUACGUGUAUUUAUUGCUUAACGAUAUUUGUAAAAGGACUACCCGGGUUUCUCUGGAUCUGGAGAAAUGUGUCCCGUACGUCGGGACGUACUCGGAAGGUACUGUGGAUCCGCCUUUAUGGUACAAAGUGCUGGUGUUAAACUCGAUUCUAGUUGAUUGUGAUUGUAGGACUGUUUUCUGGAGUUGUGAAAAAUGCGACGUGGAUAGAAGAAAACAUAGUGACAGUCCGGAGGAUGGCGUUAACACAGACGAAGUUCGAUCCUUUUUCAAAGAUAAAGAACAAAUGUUUAAGGAGAAAGUGUGUGUUGAACUCGAUCCUACACAAGAAGAAAUGUUUGAGACGGCUGAAAUCAUUUUCCAUAAUCUAAGCCCGGAGAUAUUUGACAGAGAAGGAAAUGUGACUACUUAUAAGAAUCUCCUGAAGAUUCUUCAUGUUUAUAUUCUACCUCACAUUCAGUUUCAUCAAAACCAAGAAACAUUCGUGCAAGACGUUUUAAACACAGUCGAGAAAGAAUACGAAAAUAUUGAAAUGCUUAUCAAAAUGAAUGUGCAGUUGAAGAAAAACACCGAAGAGAUACUCCUGAAGCAGAGGCGACACUUAUUAACAGAAGAUGGCGUGUCAAAUAUUUUGAAUAAUAUUCCGAGAAAUGGUGAUUUUAUAAAACUGUUGCUGAAACAUACAGAGAAAGACGUUCGACAUUUGGAAGACAUUCUGUCGAUGCUGACCGAUAAAAUCACACCACUGAGACAUGCAACUGAUGAAGCAAGUGUGAGCCUUCUUGCAGACACCAGGGCUGAAAGAGAUGCAGUAUCAAAGGAAAAAGAGAGAAUUAUUUUGGGGAGAGAGGAAAUGAUGAAUGGAUUACUUCUUCAAAGGAAUACGGUGGCAAAAAGCAUACCCAAGCAACAUGUGAAAAUAAGCAGAUCGCAGUCAGUUAGAGCAGAUCAAAUUACUGAUAGAUUCGAAAGAUACGAAAGAGAAUCUGCUGAGGUUGAAAAUCUGAGUAACGAAAUAAAGCAACAAAUCAAUAUAAAGAUAAGACUAUCGAGUGUACGGGAGGCGACAAGCUUGACAUUGAAAGAGAUUCAAGAUGACGGGGCAUCGUAUGGAUAUAACAGAAAAAAAGGUUCUCUGGAGAUUGAAGCAGAUUUAUUUGACCCGACCAGGAAACCUGAUGAUUGGGCAACACUUAAUGAACAUGUUAAAUCAUACUUAAAAACUAAUCAGUCCGACUUCAAAACGAAUCAUGAUGAGUUUUGUACACGAUUUAAAGAAAAUUGUAAAGCAAUACAAGAGAGAGCUAAACGUGAUUUUCUGUUAAACUUUGGCUCUCUUGGAACUGGUAGACAGGCUGUGACUUUUGGAAACCAUAGAUCGCACCAAAACGCGAUGCGAUUCUCAACAAGAUGGCUUUUUGGAAGUGUUGCCAAAGAAGAUUGUGAGGCUUUAUGUAGGCAGAUAUCUGAUCACAUACUUCAUAUGGCAGAUGAAAUUGUAGUAGAAAUGCAAGGACAUGAUAAAAUAUUGAAGACGACACACUCAAAAGUGUAUAUCUGCUACGAGGAGCAUGUUUCGGAAGAACUAAUGCCUGUUUUAUGCAGACUUUUUGAACAAAGUUAUAGAAAACAGUGCGAACAGUUAUCGGUCUGGAUUGAAAAAUAUGCUGAAACACAACUUGAUUCUGUUAAUAGGACUUUGAAAAGUCUGUUCCCUGAUGUGACGACUACGGUGAACUGUAACACGAAAAUGGGAGACAAGAAAGGUGUCCAGCGUUCAACAAGUUUUAUAGAGUCUCUUGUCGGCAGGAUCAGUGAGACGUCCAGCGGCUUAUCAGAAACUUUUGACCGGACUUGGAGCUUCUUGUUACGUCGCGACAGAGGAGCAUUCAGCGACCCAACUCCGCAGAUCACCUCGCAGACACUGAGCACACGAUUAAUGUCCGCCUUCGAGAACUUUUAUGCUACAAUACAUGACGAGGCUACUGCAAUGUCUAUUUUUAGUAAGUUACGUCAUCUUACUCGGGCCGUCCAAUCAGCCGAGAAUACGUUUUCCGAAUUGCGCGCGAGAACCCACCAGAGCAGCGAAAUUUGCACUGACGAUAUUUUAGACAUUCUAAUACUGCUAAUUUGUAGACUGGGGCCCAAACGUUUACUGAAACUCUACGCUCAUUUGAACUUGAUUCUUCAUUUGAGUCCCUACUUUUUACAGGGAAGCAUCAACGAAUAUUCUCUUGUUUCACUUUCGGGAGCAUUCCAGCAUUUGUUUGAACGACAGGAGAUGCACGAUAAUUCCGUGCAGGAAAUCAGUACAGAAAAUUGAAACUGUUGCAUUCUGGAACUAAGACAACAAUGCAUCAAAACAUGUACUAUGUGCAUUAAUAUCACCGGGUUGUCUCACUUGUCUGGUGGUUUAGUGGUGACACAUUUGACUUUCAAUCCAGAGAUCCGGGGCUCGAAUCCCGGCAUAUUCACCGAAAAUUUCUGAGGUGAUCUUGUAUAUAUCUCCCACCUAAAUAAGUUAUCAGUACUGGUUAUUCCCAGGAAAGUCGGCUUCGUGUGUAUCGGUUCUAUACACCAGACACGUUAAUGAACCGGACUGUAUAUUCUCCAAGAGCUAGGCUAAGUUCGCCAGACAGGCAUUAAUCUUUUUCGGUAGAAGCAUUUUACUUAAACUAUAACAGAUACAAUGAUAUGUAAAUGCACCAAAUAAUAUUUAUUCAGUUUAGUUGACUGCCUCAGUUGUUAUCAUCAAAUAAAAUUUUACAAGGA